AUGUCUACCGCAGCCCGACGUCGCCUCAUGCGCGACUUCAAGCGCAUGCAAACCGACCCUCCCACUGGUGUUUCCGCAUCACCAGUACCCGAUAACGUCAUGACCUGGAACGCCGUCAUUAUUGGGCCCGCCGACACGCCCUUUGAGGAUGGCACCUUCAGGCUGGUAAUGCAGUUUGAGGAGCAAUAUCCAAACAAACCCCCAGCCGUCAAAUUCAUCAGCCAGAUGUUCCAUCCCAACGUCUACGCAACCGGAGAGUUGUGCCUUGAUAUAUUACAAAACAGGUGGAGCCCGACAUACGACGUUGCCGCUGUCCUUACAAGCAUCCAAAGUUUGCUAAACGAUCCCAACACCGGGUCCCCCGCGAACGUCGAAGCAUCGAACCUGUAUCGAGAAAACCAGAAAGAGUACGAGAAACGCGUCCGAGAAACGGUGGAGAAAUCCUGGGAGGAGUAG